CAUUUUGGAUUCUAAGCAUUCCUUCUGAAGAUAUUGCAAGAAACUUAAUGAAACGGACAGUAUGUGCCAAGUCUAUAUUUGAACUGUGGGGUCAUGGAAAGUCUCCCGAGGAGCUGUACAGUUCUCUUAAAAAUUACCCCGUGGAGAAGAUGGUUCCAUUUCUACAUUCAGAAUCUACUUAUAAAAUAAAGAUUCACACAUUCAAUAAAACACUGACACAAGAAGAAAAAGUCAAACGAAUAGAUGCACUUGAAUUUCUGCCAUUUGAAGGAAAAGUGAAUUUAAAGAAGCCACAACAUAUAUUCUCUAUUUUGGAAGAUUAUGGUUUGGACCCAAAUUGUAUCCCUGAGAAUCCACAUAAUAUUUAUUUUGGUAGAUGGAUUGCAGAUGGACAGAGAGAGCUUAUUGAGUCAUACAGUGUCAAAAGGAGACAUUUUAUUGGAAAUACAAGCAUGGAUGCUGGUUUAUCGUUCAUCAUGGCCAACCAUGGAAAAGUGAAAGAAAAUGAUAUUGUGUUUGAUCCAUUUGUUGGAACAGGUAUCUGAUUUAACUGUUAAGGCAGUACAGAGAUGUUGCUUGUUUGUAUUAGGGAAGGUGAUAGUAAUAUUGU